AAAAUUAAUCAGACUGACAGUCUCUGUAAGAUUAAUAUUUUCCCAAAUCCCAACUGAUAAAACUUCCACACAAUGCUAACAGAGUAACAGUUGCUUUCACUAACUAAUCCAACACAAAUAGCCAAACGACGUCGCAUUUGCCCUUGCCGGAGAAAUGGCGGAGGAAGACGUCCACGGUGGCGGCGGAUUCGUGAGGGCGGAUCAGAUAGAUCUGAAGAGCCUCGACGAGCAGCUCCACCGCCAUCUCAGCAAAGCUCUCACCAUGGAGAAGAAGAAUCAGGAGAAUGGAGGGAAUCAGCAUCAUCAGCAGGCUGAAUUGAGGGAGAUUCCGGUGAAGCACGGCUGGGAGAUCGACGCCUCCAAGCUCGUCAUCAAAUCGGUGCUGGCGCGCGGCACUUUCGGCACCGUUCACCGCGGCGUUUACGACGGACAGGAUGUUGCAGUAAAACUUCUUGACUGGGGUGAAGAAGGCCACAGAACACAGGCUGAAGUAUCUUCUCUUCGAGCAGCUUUUGCGCAAGAAGUUGCUGUAUGGCACAAGCUUGAUCAUCCGAAUGUAACAAAGUUUGUUGGAGCUUCGUUGGGUGCAUCAGAGUGGAACAUACAAAAAGACGGUGGCCAUCUGGGAAUGCCACGUAAUGUCUGCUGUGUCGUGGUCGAAUAUCUACCUGGAGGUACCCUUAAAAAUUUCCUCAUUAGAAAUUCAAGGGCGAAACUUGCUUUCAAAGUUGUUAUUCAACUAGCUUUGGAUCUUGCACGAGGGUUAAGCUAUCUUCACUCUAAGAAGAUUGUGCACAGGGAUGUGAAAACAGAGAACAUGCUUCUUGACAAGAACAGAACGAUCAAAAUCGCUGAUUUUGGUGUUGCGCGUGUAGAGGCUUCAAAUCCUAACGAGAUGACUGGGGAGACUGGUACCCUCGGUUACAUGGCACCAGAGGUCCUCAAUGGCCACCCUUACAAUAGGAAAUGUGAUGUAUAUAGUUUUGGUAUUUGCUUAUGGGAGAUAUAUUGCUGUGACAUGCCAUUUCCAAAUCUCAGCUUCUCCGAAUUGACUUCAGCUGUUGUGCAUCAGAAUUUGAGGCCCGAGAUACCUAGGUGUUGCCCGAGUUCUAUAGCGAAUGUGAUGAAAAGAUGCUGGGACACCAACUCGGACAAGAGGCCUGAGAUGGAUGAAGUGUGUGCCAUGGUGGAAGCAAUUGAUACAUCAAAGGGAGGAGGCAUGAUUCCUCCCAACAAAUCUCAAGGUUGUUUCUGCUUUCGCACGAGUCGAGGGCCUUGAGAAAUUUCAACCAUUUAUGAUGAUGACGAUGUUGCCCAUCCAUUUGAAGUUUGUACAUUGUUGAUGUAAUCAUGUACUAAUUGUUAUUCAACAACCACCUCUGCAAUUUGAAGAUUAAUAAUGUAUCAGUGUGAUGCAGAUAAUAUCAUGGAAUAAUUGAUGUGCCA